AGAGGAGGGGGCGGCCGCUGCCCACCCUGCCCCGCGAAGGCGCCGAGGCGGGGGCGAGGCGAGGCGAGGCGAGGCGGGCGCCGGCAACCCCUUCGCGGCAGCAGGAAACAGGAAUAUCUGUAUUACAGUGCUGCAGUUCUCAAUAAUGCAUUCACCAUCUUUCUCCUGGAGCUGCUCAAGCCUUUAAGCCUUGCUGAAAAGGAGGACUUCUGACGGUUCCCCAAUUCCACAAGUGUGUGGGAGGUUCUAAGAAGUGACAGUUUCAUUUAUUUCUUCAACAAAACAGAAGAAUGUUCUCAGUGGUCUUUCUCAGCAGCUCUUCAGCCUGUGGAAAGUGUGGGCAGUCUCUGUAUUCAGUAUCCUGGAAAAUGUGUGUUCCCUUGAAGAAGUGAUCUGUUGAAAGCGCAUACUUAAAAGAUUGUUCCACUGCUGCUGCACUGCUCAAAAGCCCUGAAAUGUCUAUUCUCGAAUAGUCCUUGGAAUUAGGAUUUCUUCUGCUGAAGAGACACUAGCUGCUGCAGUUAUCCAAGGAGCACCAGAGAGCAAAAACUCUUAAGAUGGCUCUGAGCAUUUUGUAUACAGUGUGGGGCUUGUUACUGGAAGUGGCAGUAGCGUUUGGUCCAGUACCAAGGAUCACUUGGGAACACAGAGAGGUCCAACUAAUACAUUUUCAUGAAUCAGAAGUGUCAAACUAUUCAACCUUAUUGUUAAGCGAAGACAAAGAUGUUCUGUAUGUAGGAGCCAGAGAAGUGAUCUUUGCAUUAAACUCGCUGAAUAUUGCUGAAAAGCAGCAUGAGUUACACUGGAAGGUCACUGAAGAUAAAAGAAUUAAAUGUGCCGUCAAGGGCAAAUCAGAACAGACAGAGUGCCGUAAUUAUGUGCGUGUCUUACAACAACUGAAUGAAACUUUUCUCUACGUAUGUGGAACUAAUGCAUUUCAGCCAACGUGUGAUUAUCUGAAUUUGAUUUCAUUUGAGCUUGGAGGUAAAAAUGAAGAUGGUAAAGGUAGAUGUCCAUUUGACCCUGCUCAGAGCUACACAUCUGUUAUGGUUGAUGAGGAGCUUUAUUCUGGGACUUCUUAUAAUUUCUUGGGAAGUGAACCUAUUAUUUCACGAAACUCUCAUCAGAGUCCUUUGAGAACAGAAUAUGCAAUACCUUGGCUUAAUGAGCCCAAUUUUGUUUUUGCUGAUGUGAUUAGAGCAGAUCAAAACAGCACAGAUGGAGAAGAUGACAAGAUAUACUUCUUUUUCACUGAAGUGUCUGUGGAGUAUGAGUUUGUUGGAAAGCUGAUGAUUCCAAGAAUAGCUAGAGUGUGUAAGAGGGACCAGGGAGGAUUAAGGACUUUGCAGAAAAAAUGGACUUCCUUUCUCAAGGCCAGACUGAUUUGUACCAUACCCGAUAAGAAUUUAAUCUUCAAUAUUAUCAAUGAUGUUUUUAUUCUGAAGUCUCCAAGUCUGAAGGAACCAGUAAUCUAUGGAGUUUUUACUCCACAACUUAAUAAUGUGGGUCUGUCAGCAGUGUGUGCAUACAAUCUGUCUACUGUAGAAGAAGUUUUCUCAAAAGGAAAAUAUAUGCAGAGUGCUACAGUAGAACAGUCUCAUACAAAGUGGGUACGCUACAAUGGGGAAAUUCCUAAUCCUCGACCUGGGGCGUGUAUAAACAACAAAGCUGGAGCAUCAAGCUACAUGAGUUCUUUGAACUUACCGGACAAAACAUUGCAGUUUGUUAAAGAUCAUCCUCUAAUGGAUGAUUCAGUGACCCCAAUGGGAGACAGACCCCGCCUAGUAAAACGAGAUGUAAAGUACACCCAGAUUGUAGUAGACAGAGUCAGAGCACUCAGUGGUACCAUACAUGAUGUUAUGUUCAUCAGUACAGAUCAAGGAGCCCUGCACAAAGCUAUCAGCUGUGAAAACGGAAUGCAUAUUAUUGAAGAAACACAGCUUUUCCCAAACUUUGAGCCAGUCCAAACUCUCUUGCUUUCAUCCAAAAAAGGCAAAAGAUACCUCUAUGCUGGUUCAAAUUCUGGGGUGGUUCAGUCUCCUGUGGCAUUCUGCGACAAGUAUACCACUUGUGUGGACUGUGUUUUAGCCAGGGAUCCCUACUGUGCUUGGAAACCCCUUGAAGCUUCCUGUGUUGAAAUUCUUAAAGAAAGUGAAAUUGAAAGGAGCUGGAUUCAGAACAUAAGUGGAGAUGCUUCUUCUUGUUCUGAUAAAGUAAGAGAGAAUUCUCUACAGCAUACAUUCAAGCAUGGGAGCACAGCAGAACUCAAAUGUUCUCAAAAGUCCAAUCUGGCACAGGUAGUUUGGAAGUUCAAGGAUGACGUACUGAAAGUGGAGAGCCCCAAAUACCGUCUGCUGGAAAAGGCGCUGCUCAUCUUCAAUUUAUCAGAGGGAGACAGCGGCGUUUAUCAGUGUUUGUCAGAAGAAAAAGUGAAGAAUAAGAAAUUUUCUCAAGUGCUGGCUAAGCACGUUUUGGAACUGAAAAAAAUCCAGCAUACUACAGUGGGGCCAACUGUGGCAGCUGCGGCGACAGAAGGUAAUAGCGAUGUACCAAAAGUGUCAGCUGUAUCAACUGAAAGGUCUCCUACUCAGACCUCGACCACUCAGAGUAUGCCAGUAACAACAGCAAGGAUAAUAACAAAGCCAAUUGGCCCUGUGCUAACAAGUGCAGCCUCCAACUCGGAGAUCUUCAAUUUGAUUCCUGAUGCAGUCCCAGAAAAGACAAUGUUCCUAAAGUCAAAUGAUAACUUCCUUUUAAUGUUCCUCUUUUUGUUCUUUUUCAUUCUCUUCUUGUGUCUGCUCUCCUACAACUGUUACAAAGGGUAUUUGCCAGGCCAGUGCUUGAAAUUCCGCUCUGUUAUGUUGCUUGGUAAGAAAAAAACAAAGUCAGAUUUUUCUGAUUGCGAGCAAAGCGUGAAAGAAACCCUGGUGGAGCAAGGUAGCAUCAGCCACCAGAACGGGGAGCAGCCGAAGCCGGCCCACGAUACCGGGUAUGAGACCGAGCCGGACUGCGGGAAUGGCCAGGUCCAACCCAGCGAUCCGCAGGCCUCACGAGAAGUCAAGGACAAACCUUUCGAUGUCAAGUGUGAACUAAAAUACGCCGACUCGGACGCAGAGGGUGAUUGAAGGCGACCAUCUUCCGACUUAAUAACAAAAUCAACUGUGGUCCUUGCAGCUAACUAUUAAGCUGAGCGAGCGUGGGUGUGACAGCUGAGCCAGAGAAGGUUAUAUGUGCUUAAGCUAUUCAGCAAGCCAAUUUCCUUGCAAAUCUCAGCAGAUUAGAAAAGCGAUGUUUUUGUCUGCAGAUCAUAGCAUCUUGUAUUGUACCGUCGUCUUUUUUUUUUUUUCUUUAAAUGGCCAGUUUCAGAUCCCCAUUUGUUUGUUCCCAAGACUUUUUUUUUCCCCCAGAGUGCUUCACUCUGGCGAAUAGUUACUCAUUCUUUGACCCGAUUCUUCCACUGAAUGAAAGUAACUUUCUAAUUCAGUUGGCUUUAAAAAGUACUUCAGUCUGCACGUAUUUUAGCUGCCGUUAAAAAGAAUAUCUAGUUUCAUUUUAAUUCCAAAUUGGAAAUUAAAGUUUAGUUUAUCAGAUUGGUAAAUUAUAGACUUUUGUCCAGAUUGGGACAUUUUUUUUUCUUCGCUUCUAGUGGUUAUUUUUAGUUUGUGUGUUGGCAUACUAGGUCUCUUUUAGUUAGUUAUAUAUUUUUUUAACUGCUUUUAAAGUGUUUCUUAGAUUUUAAUGCAUAAGGGGAUAGGUUUGGCUUGAUUUAUGUAAGACUCAGGGAUAAUAUUGUUUAAAGGCUUUUUUUCUUUGAGGCUUUUUAGAAAUUUAGGUACAAUAAUAAUAAUUGGUUCAAAAUAUUUGGACUGGAGUAAGUGGGGGAGGAAAGGAAUCAGAGAUAUAUUUUUUUUUUCUUCUUCUUCUUCCUUAAUCAGCAAGGUGGACAUAAUCACAUUUUGUCUUCUAUACAGAACUGGAUAUUUUGAGGUUUUUUUGUUUAGUUUUUUUAAUGAAACGGUACAGGCAAGCAGCUGUCACGUAGCUACGACACCCAAGAGAGGGUUUUGCACUGUGGAAGCGAAGCAGGAGUUGAGAAGAAUUCACUACGAUAAUUCAAUUAGUAACUUGCUGGAAUGGACUGUUAGGAUACAGCCUGAUAAGAAAACAUUGCAGUUGGGUUUUUUGUUUUUUCUCUUUUUCCAGAUUCAGAAAUAACUCGGCUUCUUUUUGUGACAAAUCUUUGCGACGUCACCCUUUCUGGAUGACAUCUACCAAUCUCCUAUGCAACUGGAGUCUGAAACUGGAGCUGCUCAAACAAUCAGUCACUCAAACUGUUCAUGUGAAUCAUGCCUGCAAAAGUGAAAAUGUGCAUUUGUUCUAAGCCUGGUUCACAGCAGCACUGUUUGUCUGUAAAAGCAUUUUGUGCGGUACAGUCCUGAAGAAUUGUUCCUCUCACUGCAUCUUUUCUGUAAAUAUUACUAGAAGUAGAGUAUGUUUUAACAGUAAAUAGCAGUAUGCCUGGGCUGCUUUUCUAUGUUGGAAGUUUCAUGCAACCAUAACUUUUGACCAUCUUAGUGCAAACAGUUUAUAAGAUUCAGUUUGGUUUUAUUUUUCUAUUUUUAAUUAUGUAAAUAUAA